CCGGUUCCUAACCCGACCCGAUACCAUAUCUGAAACCGGUUAACCCACUUCAUUCAAUCGUAAUCCCAAAUCAGCAAUGAACCCUAAUUCCCGUUUCUGUUCGGAGCUCCACAGUUUAUAGCCGGCGACGCUUCUAGUUAUCAAUUUCAUCACCGCAGUGAAAGGUACUGUAUUACAACAUGGAUGAUAAGCACGACGAAUAUAAAAGAACUGUUUUCGUGACUGUUGGCACAACAUCUUUCGAUUCUCUUGUUAAAACCGUCGACUCCAAACAAGUCAAAGAAGCAUUGUCAGCAAAAGGAUACACUCAUCUUGUCAUUCAAAUGGGUCGUGGAUCCUACAUCCCUAAAAAGUCUAGUGGUGAAGAUGGAUCAUUGGUUGUCGAUUACUUUACUUUCUCCUCGAGCAUUGCAGACUAUUUGAGAUCAGCAUCUCUAGUUAUAAGCCAUGCAGGUUCAGGGAGCAUAUUUGAGACGCUAAGGUUGGCAAAACCGUUAAUAGUGGUAGUAAACGAGGACCUAAUGGACAACCAUCAAAGCGAGCUUGCUGAAGAACUUGCCGAAAGAAAGCAUUUAUUUUGUGCUCGCCCUCAAACACUCUGCGAGGUGACCAAAUCACUAAAUCUGGAUACUAUUGUUCCAUAUGAACCGGGUGAUGCUAAUCCCGUUGCCAAAUUAAUCAAUAAGCAUCUGGGUUUUCCUGUUGAUUAACAAGAAAUUCAGAAUCCAUUGAUGUGGAUCGAUCAAUAGAUAUGUUAUUUGUAUACUUGGCUGAAAGGUCUGAAAUCCAAAAGACGAUCUUCAGGCCGCAUUUAUGGGAUGUAACUUGUUAUAAUUAUUGGUUGUAUUGGCAUACUUUUAUUACUGUUUUUGAAAUCCACCAUUGCAUCCUA